AUGGAAAGUAUAGAAGAAGCCUCUACAAACAUAGAUAUGGGAUAUACAGACAAGAAUUCUGAAUCUUCGCGCUUGGUUGAUUCGAGUCCUGUAACAAAACCAAGUUAUAUGAAUAUAGCAAGCAAUAUAUGUGCCGUGAUGGUCCUUGGCAUAAUGAUUUAUUGCAGUUUCGAAAAAGGAGUCUCGCUUUUUUCAUUUCAUCCUACUUUAAUGACGCUUGGGUGGAUUGUGUUCAUGACAUCUGCAAUAAAUGCUGUUACUCCAGGCGAUUUAGCGACCGAGUGGAUGCCUAUGAGAUUAAGGAGUGCGCGUCAUUGGGUUCUUCAAUUUUUAUCAGUGACUGUCAUAAAUUCCAGUUUAUAA